CGGGUACUACGUCGUAUGCGUAGCCGGCGUUAGUGAAUAACUGCCUUUCCUAAAUUGACGUAACCAGACGGUGUAGUACCGAGCGGAGAGGAGAUGCACACGGCACUCGAGUGAGUGCAUGUUUCAGAUGAGUUCAAAAACCCACUCACACAGCAGCACCUGGACUGGGGGGCCAAGCAGGAGGAAGCAUAUUACAGGGGCCAAAAGCGAGGAGACAAUGCGAGUCCACGUGCACACCAAGUUCUGUUUCCUCUGUGUGCUCACCUUCCUCUUCCACCAGUGCAACCACUGCCAUGCAGAAGAUCACAGCCAUCAGCACAGUGGGCAUCACCAUAAUGACCACAACCAUGCCCACAGCGACCUGCAGAUUUCUGAGGCUCCAUACACGAAGGGACCCACUACAUCGCCACAGUCCAAGACUCCCAAAGGAGACACUCUAGAGGAGGAGCAACGCUACUACAUCCAGCAGCUUUUCAGGCGCUACGGUCAGAAGGACCGGCUAGAUUUCCAGGGAUUUCAGAGUCUGCUCUUUAGCUUGGGUCUGGGUGAGGUGAAGGUGGUUGGUAUGGAUCAUGAGGAUCUGGGUCAUGACCAUGUAGCCCAUCUCGACGUGCUAGAUUUGCAGGAAGGGCUUCACUCACACACAUCCACCAACGGAGGCCAUGAUCAUGGACACACGCACGGUCAUCAUCAUCCACACCACAAGCCUGGCUCCCGCCAUCUGCCCACAGAACAGGAACCCACAACGAGCAGUCAGCAGACGACUGCUGCUGGUCCCACUGCUGGUGCACCCAUAGGGGAUGGCCAUAAACAUGACGCAACGCAUGAUGACCAUGAUCACACCAAGGUAAAAGGUAGACACCAUAAACAUUCAGACGGACAUGUGAAGAAUGCACAUGACAAAGAGCACAAGCAUGAGCAGGUGCAGUCUGUCCAUAGGGACCUAACUUCUCAACCUCAUGAUGAUCAUGACCACAGUGAUCAUGACCAUGGUAAUCAGGACCAUGACCAGGAACCUCAACCUCAUGAUGAUCAUGACCACAGUGAUCAAGACCAUGGUAAUCAGGACCAUGACCAGGAUCAUAAUCACGUUAAUCAAGUACAGACCAGCACAGACAUUCCUCCCAUAACCCAAGAACAGCUGCCACCUCCAACCUCAUGGCCGUCCCAAGACCCUCAGGAGUCUUCUACUCUAACAGAGAGUCGAACCAAGAAGCCCAGAAAUCCAUCACGGGUCAGAGGACAGCGAGGGAGAAACAAAACCCCUGCUACUCUCAUACCUCCAUCUGACAACCAUAACCACAAACAUGAACAUGAACACGGACAUGGACAUGGACAUGGUCACGGUCACGGUCAUUCUCAUAAAGAUAAGAGAGAAGCUCCAGGAGAGCUUGACACCCCCACGUUGCCAGUCCCCAUCGUUCCAGGACAUCCAAGUGGAUAUUUACACCAGCAUGAGGAGUGUUUGAACCUGACUCAGCUCCUCGACUACUACGGCCUGAGUCCUCAAUCGCUCAUCUCCCCCAGCCAGUUCACCUACCUGUGUCCCGCCCUGCUCUACCAGAUAGAUAGUCGUGUUUGCAUCCGCCAUUACCACCAGAUGGAUGUCGAGCAGGAAGCCUUGGAGUCUAUCAAUACUGUGUGGAUUUGGGUCUCGGGCUUUGUGUCCAUCACGGUCAUCAGCCUGCUGUCCCUGCUGGGUGUGGUCCUCGUGCCCAUUCUCAACCAGGGCUGUUUCAAGUUCCUGCUCACCUUCCUGGUGGCGCUGGCAGUGGGCACGCUCAGCGGCGACGCCCUCCUUCACCUGCUGCCUCAUUCUCAAGGGCAGCACAACCACAGCAAUCCUCACACAAACCGGGACACUGAUCUGCUAACAGAAUUUGACGGCGUUUGGAAGGGACUUACAGCGUUGGCCGGCAUCUACCUCCUCUUCAUCAUCGAACACUGUAUCGGCAUGUUUAAGCACUACAAAGACCAAAGGAGCGCGAAGAAGGCGAGCGAGGAGGGAGCGAUUGGCAGGAAGUUGUCGGAUCACAAGUUAAAUCGUCGCUCGGACGCAGAGUGGCUGCACCUGAAGCCGCUCAAUGAAGACCCCGACAGCACGGCUGUCUCCUGUGACAACGGCUACAACGACACACAGCUCUCGGAUCUCCAGCCACCCGACUCUCCCACCAACACGACGCCACUGACCCCUGCGCAGCCUCAGCAGGACCAACAGUCGCCCAGCAAGGAGGAGAACCGACAUAAGGCCAAGAAACACAGUCACAGACACUCACACGGCCACUCUCAUGGCGGGAACUGCCACUCGGACCAAGAGAUGAAGGACGCUGGUAUAGCGAGCAUCGCCUGGAUGGUCAUCAUGGGUGAUGGCAUGCAUAACUUCAGUGAUGGCCUGGCUAUAGGUGCAGCGUUCAGUGCAAACUUGACAGGAGGCAUCAGCACAUCAGUGGCUGUUUUCUGUCACGAAUUACCUCAUGAACUUGGUGACUUUGCGGUGCUGCUGAAAGCCGGGAUGUCGGUGAAGCAGGCAAUCGUCUACAAUCUGCUGUCCGCCCUCAUGGCCUAUGUUGGAAUGGUGAUUGGCACAGCUGUGGGACAGUACACACACAAUGUCACCAACUGGAUCUUCGCCAUCACAGCCGGCAUGUUUCUGUAUGUGGCUCUGGUGGACAUGCUGCCAGAAAUGCUCCACGGGGACAGCGAGGACCACAAGCGCUGUCAGCUGGGACACUUUGUCCUGCAGAACCUGGGCAUGCUGACCGGGUUCAGCAUCAUGCUGCUCAUCGCCAUCUUCGAGGACCAAAUCGUUUUCGACUUUGGCUUUUAACAGAGGGGAGCGAGGGCGGAAAACUGGCCGGAUGUUUUGCCGCCGCUCCUCUGUCGCCUUAACUAACACGCUUUGUUUGCAAUGUAACGGGGCCCAGUCAUGCAUGCGAUGUGAGUCUUGAUCAUGAACCGUGCCUCCCAUUUCUAACGGUGGUUUAUGCAUAUCCCAUGACUCUGCUUAGUGAUGUUUACACUCGCCAUCUUGUCUCCUCCAUCACUUCCAGUCUCUGUGUUGCUUUUAGGAGCGAGGCUCCACUCCCAACCACACAAAAGCCGCCACAUCUGCUCUUAAAAAUGCAAACUUUGGAAAAAAAAAAAUGAAGAGCUCUGGACAGUCAGGUGGUGCUGGACCCAGCGUCUCACCACCUGUCCAUCAUCAUCAUCGUCACCACCUGUCGCAUGUUGUCGUCGUAGCCGUCCAUCUUAUCCGUGCCGUGCUGUCGUCUACGUCUUCACACAUCUGUGUACGUCACUUGUCUCUGUCUUGUUUGACGUCACCACGAUGCGUCCCGGACAUGUGGCGCGUGUGUGUGUGUGUGUGUGCCACAGCUGCACUGCUCGCCAUCGCAGUGUUGACAAAGAGACGCAGACCUAGCGUCUGCUUGCCAACACAUCUGGAAUACAAACUUUAGCUAAACCGAGAGAGUGUUCCUCUGAAUUUCCCACAUGGCUCAGUGUUAUUUCUUUAAUGCUGCAACUUUCCCCCAAUGUAUUACUUUUCAGUUGUUGUCUAAAUAGACUUAUUAUAUUAAAAUCUAGUUCAUAGUCAUAACUAACAGCUGCCAAAGCAUUUACUAGCCUUUACAUUACUUUUUUUUUCUUCCCAGACAUCAAAUGUCUGUCAAUUUCUUUUUUUUUAAUGGUUGACAAUCUGUUGCCAAGUACGACACAUCCGUUAUUAUUUUCUCUCUUGUUUUGAGAAUCACAGCAGCUUCAAAAAAAUGUGAAGGACUAGAUGUAUUACUUAUGUUCAUCAGGAAGUGUUGUAGUUUACUAGAUUAUUAUUCAGGAUCGCCUCUUCCUGAAAGGUGCUCUGCAUUUGGACGGUCCAAAUAGUACAGCAGUACGUGUAGUAUGGUAACCGUAGAAGGCGGAGUUGUCACACCCGAUACAGGUAUCAGGAAGUACUGUAAAUACGUGAGGUCUUUAUCGUGUCAGUAGCUUAGCGGCUCUGGAAGUUCUUCUGUCAAACAAUCGUCAAACUUCCCGACAGCGGAUCAGAAAAAUACACUGUGUGCUUUUGCCUCAGCAUGUCCCCCGCACUUGAAAUGUCAAAUACAUUUAAUUUUAAAUUUGUUUUUUUUUUUUUAACGAGUAUUCCUCGUGUAAACCGUGUCAGCGCUUGACACUAAGCCCCUCCCCUUCUCCUCCCCACAUCCGUGACAUUCCAUUGGCUGUGGUGCGGCUCACAUGCUAAGCUAGCCAGCCUAGCCUAACCUGGGAAACGCGUGUCUUCAUUUAUGCUGUCACUGUGUGACAUCCGUUGUCUUAUGUCUUUAACUGGCUGUAAAUCAUUGUCAGUGAUUCUGAGGUUUCAUGGAUCUGACUGAAUCAUGCAUGAAGCAUGAGUGGAAGGGUACAGACAUUAUUGUCUUGAGUUUUUUUUCUUUUCUUCCUUUAUUGACAACCUUUGUUACUUUUAAAUGAAGUCUGUGUGUGAAGAUCGCGGCGUGUUCUUUGGGGCAUAGCGUGUGUCAAUCACGUUGGGAAACUUUCUUUGGGAAAAAGUAAAUGUGAAGGUGGCAGAAUAUCGGUGCUUCGAAAAUGGGACUCUUGAACUCGCGUUUAUGACGUGGGAAGUUCUGAACAUGCCAAGUACAGAGUGCAGGCGGAGGAAAAAUAGUCCAUUUGGAAAUGUUCUGUCUAGAUCAGGGUCACACUGGAUACAGAAGACGCAUUAUUGCAUGACAGAACGUCUUUUUUUUUAUAUAUAUAUAUAUAUAUAUA